UUAAAGAACUUUAAAGAACCGCAGGUUGCCACAACGGUCCACUCAUCUACCAUCACGAUGCUGCUAAUGCAGAUUCUCAACAUUUGAGUGUUUGCAUCGGGGAGAAAACCCAAACACUUGUAUUCUUAAUGAGGACGAGAGGUUUUGAGCAGAGAAGUGUUGGAUGUGUUUUCCUCCUGCAGCAGAUCUGUCAUUUCCACGUUCAGACGGGAAGCGAUUUAUUUGGCGCUCAGCAGCCCCGAGAGACGUUCCAGCCGUCCAGAGGGACUCGUUGGGGCGACUCGUCACUAAUCGAUGCGACAGCCUCGGAACAUAAAUCUCCCUUGUUGUUUUUAUGUAGGAGUGAUUAUUAUGGGCUUUCUGUUUGUUCCUCUCCACACCACCAACUCCAAGUGGUUCAGGCGAGCAUCGAUGCAUCUUUGUGAGCUGGAGACAAACUGCUCUGAAUGCAUGUAAAUGUUACAGUUGAUAAAUGUAAAGUAGUGGAGUCCUUUUUUGUGUUUAUUUACGGUUAUAAUAAAGUUUAUUUGUUCUCGAAAUAUAGUGAGUUCAGUAACAAUAACUAAUUGAACCAAAACAUGCCGGUUGUGAAUUAAUAUCAUUGUUACAGAACAAUAAAAUGGGGAAAUACUAUAAAACACGAGCCAAGUGAUUUAAUGAAGCUGCUUUCAGAAGGUUGUUGGAGGCGAAAGCUGUUUCAGAUCUCAGGUUUAAUAUCCAGCAGAGUAAAUGACGACCGACAUUAAACUGAAUCAUGGUUUUUAUUAUCACAGAUUUUAUCUUCUCAGCUUCUCCUCAAACGAAGAUAAAAGAGGACUUUAUAUGAGUUUUAAUCCAAAUACUGUUCAUGCUACAAAGUAUGCUAAUAUGCUAACGGUGUAACAAUGAAAGGGUUGAUUUCACAUGGGCUUCUUCUCCUCAGUGUGUCACUACAGUAGAUGUUCUGCUGUGGACGUAUGUUAGACUCCUAAAAGAAUAUAUCAGUUAAAGUGAACGCUAUAUUUAGAAUGUUUUCACCUCUUUACCUUCAUAUAAAUAUUUAUGUCUAUAUGGAGAAGCACCUCAUCCAACAACACUUCUAUGCCUUUAACCUCACCUGAUGAGCAGCAUGUCCAACACCUGGACGACUCCGUGUUGCGUCACAUUCGUACAGCAUCACUCUCAAUAGAUUGUCUGGUGUUCCCUCAGAUUGUGUACGCCGCCGUGGACUGUACGAGAGCACAGAACCACGAGCUCUGUAAGCAGGAAGGAGUGGAGGGAUACCCGACGUUCGUCCACUACAACUACGGCAAGUUCGUGGAGAAAUACAACGGAGAUCGAGAGGAGGCCGGCUUCAUCGGGUUCAUGCGCAGCCUGCGAGGUCGAGACCAGGAGAAGGUGGUGAAGAAGAAGGAGGAGCUCUGAGGACGUGUUGCACUGUGACCUCUGACCCUGACAAGGGCCCAAUUAGCACUGACGGUGGGAGACUUUAUGACCUCAGCUUUCUUUUUUAAUAUUCCGUGGCGAUGACCUGCAGAGACACCUCGAGACUUCUGACGGGCAGAAAACAACAAGUAUUUUUGUUGUAUUUGCCCCCAAAACAACACUGUGACAACACGUGUGAAAGGCUCCACCUAUACUCUAUCUAUGCAACACGGGGUCUCGGUGGUGGUGGUGGUGGUGGUGGUGGUGGUUAAAGGUGGAGGCACCGCAGGGGUCCAGUCCAUCAACCCGCUGUGAUUUAUUUUAAUUUUUUCUUUAGAAAGGACUUGAUUUAUUUUUUUGUUUGCUUCAAACUGUGGCCUUAAAGAUGUGAAAUAAAAACAUGCUGGAAGAAGGGGAAGAAGAAACGCCAAAUAUUCUCCUCGUUACAUCUCCAAAUAUUAACAUUCAGAGCCGUAGUGAUGUAACGAGCUUUAAGCUCAUCUACAUACUGAGCACGGAGAGGCUGAAUAUUUACAUAAUGAUCAUGAAUAUAUAAAAUAAUGUCAGAAUCAUGAAUUCAUCCCUUCGUUCCCGCUGCAAGCAAUCAUGGAUUCCAGCCAAAGUAUCCCACAAUCCCCCUCUGCACUCUGGAUGACUCAGACCUCACUGUGGUGCGUGCAGGGCUUUUAUUUUGAAGGGGUGUGUUUUUAUGUCUCUGCCGCUUCCUGCAGAGCUGAACGACACCGAGGAGCCAAAAUGGCGGCUCUCUUGAGUAAUUAGGUCUCCAGACCCCCCCCCCCUCACUUGUUUUGUGACUUUUCUUUUUAACUCUUCGGCCUCAUUAAUAUUUAAAGCUGAUCUGUGGCUGAACUCGUUUCAUUUUUCCAGACUUUUGGUUUCCGUCGUUGUGAAAACGGUUCUCAGGGAAAGCGAAACACAAUUAAAAGGGAACUAGUUUGU